AGCUGGAGAGGCGACGAGCGGGAGGCAAGACCGUCGGACUCGAGCUGGCACCCGGGGACCGCGGCUGUCACUGCGCUCGGAGCAUCCCGGUGGCUUCCCGAGUAGACGAUCCCGGCCUUGCGGCAGCUGCGAUCGCAACCCUAGCCUCCUGCGCUCUCGCCGCGCUCGUGGAGCCUCACGCCCCGGGCGAGCGUUCGUGAUUUAGCACAAAGCACGUUUCCAAAAAGCGCACGGGAGAGCUCCCGCGCCGCGCUCCCGCGCACGCACCCCCCUUCCCCUUUGUUUCGGGGGUCGACAGGCUGCUCUCCUCCCCAAGUCUGAAUUCUUCGCGGGGGGCGGAGGGCCGCCGAGUCUAGGGCUGUGAAGAUGCCCUUGGAGCUGACUCAGAGCCGAGUGCAGAAGAUCUGGAUCCCCGUCGACCACCGCCCCUCGCUGCCCAGAUCCUGUGGGCCGAAGCUGACCAACUCCCCCACCGUGAUUGUCAUGGUGGGCCUCCCAGCCCGGGGCAAGACGUACAUCUCAAAGAAGCUGACUCGCUACCUCAACUGGAUUGGCGUCCCCACGAAAGUGUUCAACGUCGGGGAGUACCGCCGGGAGGCCGUGAAGCACUACAGCUCCUACAGCUUCUUCCGCCCCGACAACGAGGAAGCCAUGAAAGUCCGCAAGCAGUGUGCUCUAGCUGCCCUGAGAGACGUCAAAAGUUACCUGACGAAGGAAGGGGGCCAAAUUGCGGUUUUCGAUGCCACCAAUACUACGAGAGAGAGGAGACACAUGAUCCUUCAUUUUGCCAAAGAAAAUGAUUUCAAGGUGUUUUUCAUUGAGUCUGUGUGCGAUGACCCUAUGGUUGUAGCCUCCAACAUCAUGGAAGUUAAAAUCUCCAGCCCGGAUUACAAAGAUUGCAACUCAGCAGAAGCUAUGGACGACUUCAUGAAGAGAAUCAGUUGCUAUGAAGCCAGCUAUCAGCCCCUCGACCCCGACAAAUGUGACAGGGACCUAUCCCUGAUCAAGGUGAUCGACGUGGGCCGGCGGUUCUUGGUGAACAGAGUUCAGGACCACAUUCAGAGCCGCAUUGUGUACUACCUGAUGAACAUCCACGUGCAGCCCCGCACCAUCUACCUGUGUCGGCACGGCGAGAGCGAGCACAACCUCCAGGGGAAGAUCGGAGGGGACUCGGGUCUGUCCAGCAGGGGCAGGAAGUUCGCGAAUGCCCUGAGCAAAUUUGUGGAGGAGCAGAACCUGAAGGACCUCAAGGUGUGGACCAGCCAGCUGAAAAGUACCAUCCAGACGGCGGAAGCCCUUCAUCUUCCCUACGAGCAGUGGAAGGCGCUCAACGAGAUCGAUGCUGGUGUUUGCGAGGAGAUGACGUACGAGGAGAUCAAGGACACCUACCCCGAGGAGUAUGCUCUGCGGGAGCAGGACAAGUACUACUACCGUUACCCCACCGGGGAGUCCUACCAGGACCUGGUCCAGCGCCUGGAGCCGGUGAUCAUGGAGCUGGAGCGCCAGGAGAACGUGCUGGUCAUCUGCCAUCAGGCCGUCCUGCGUUGCCUCUUGGCCUACUUCCUGGAUAAGAGUGCAGAGGAGAUGCCUUAUCUGAAAUGCCCCCUUCACACCGUCCUCAAACUGACACCUGUUGCUUACGGCUGCCGUGUAGAGUCCAUCUACCUGCAUGUGGAGUCUGUGAGCACGCACCGGGAGAGGUCAGAGAGUGUGAUGUUCCCGUCCGCACAGGACACCUACCUCCCUGUUCCCAAGGAGCUUGGCCACAAGGAUGCAAAGAAGGGACCUAACCCGCUCAUGAGACGCAAUAGUGUCACCCCACUAGCCAGCCCCGAGCCCACCAAAAAGCCUCGCAUCAACAGCUUUGAGGAGCAUGUGGCUUCUACCUCCGCUGCCCUGCCCAACUGCCUGCCCCCGGAGGUGCCCACGCAGCUGCCCGGACAACCUUUGCUAGGGAAAGCCUGUUUACGAACUGUUUGUCACAUUUUCUCAAAGUUUUCUCCUUACUAACCUUGGAAAGAACAUGAAAGGCACCCAGAGCAGCAUCGACUCCAGGACACACUGAGGCCGGACCCGGCGGUUCCAUUCCAGUUCCAUUCCUGCAGCUUAGUUAGUGCUUUUCCCAUCUACCCGAGGCCAGCGAUCCCCAGGACUUCUUCCAGAACGGGGUGGGUGGGAUCGAAGAGGGGCCUGCUGGUCAGAGAGAACCAGGCCCCCGACCGCGGCAGGGCGGCCGAGACCCCCAGAGGCCUCUCCCGGGGGCGUGUGUGGGGUCCACGCCCUCUCCCUGGCCUCGCUGACCCUCCGCACGGCUCAGGAAGGAUGAUGAGCCGUCGAAGAGGAGCUGGGAGAAGGCCCCGAGGAGGGGAUGUUGGCCUCCACGCUGUUUUGUUUUGUUUAGUUUCUAUGAUCCUGACCUGGUAUGUUCCCAGCUUGGGGAGAUGACACUUGGCCCCAGAAUCCUAGAGUUAAAGGGGGGGCCUAGAUCCCAGUUGCUGAAGAGGAAGCGACGGUGAAAACUUUUACAAGGCUCUUCUGUGCCUCGUGGCUCAGACGUUGCCUCGUGAAGGAAGGAUUCAGGCCUGCGCUGGGCUGGGGCCAGAGGUGCAGGGAGAAGGCUCUGAGCCAGACGCGCCUGUCUGAUCGUUAGCCACCUGCCGCGGGGCCACACACCUUCCUUCCUGGGUCUGCGUUCUGCCUCUGCAGACGCUCAAGGACAGUCUGGCUGUGUCAGCAAAAGGAAAUACUGUUCCAGAAGAGCCCCAGGGCCUCCCCCCUCCCCCUCCCCCCUGAGCUGCUUGCUCUUGCACUUUCUUAACUGGCAGAAGGCGGGAUGGGAAAGUUGCACCUUCUCGUCAGGAACCUUGAUGUUUGGGAUUCGUGCCCUUGGAGGCUGGAGCUCGGAAAGCAUGUGGGGAAUGGGGCAUGCCCAUGAGAUGGGGAGCUCAGGGGGACCCCAGUCAACCAGCGGGCAGCAAGUUGUUCGGAUCCUUGCAAGACUGACCCGGGAGAUGGAGCAGAGAUGAUCAAGCCUCUGGCCUCCUUCCUUCAGGAUGUUCAUCGUCUCCCUGUGCUUCCCACGUGGGGACGGUGGCCCAGCCGAGACGUCCCCUGUGGCCGCAUCCUCCAAGAGGCUGUCUGUGGUCUCCUGGCGGGACUGAGCUCAAUCCUGCAUAUUUUUGUGGAGCAUCUGGCUAUACACCCAGCAUGGUCCUGGGUUGCUUUAUUCUGAAGAAGAGAAUGUCCUCACUUGCCUUUGGCUCCUGUGGCAUUUUUGGGGGUGGAUCAGAGCAGGGCUUGUGGGGCAUGUGGUUCUGAAUACCUGUAGUUUCUGCCUACUGGUUUCUCCUUGCUGCCUCCAUGGACUGGGGAUGAGGAGGGGUCCUGAGGCCCAGAAGAAACGAUUUGGAGACUCCGUGGUAGAAUUUGCCCAAAUGACCCUUUGAAGAAUCUCUAAAAAGCUGGUGCCAAAGGUCACUUCCCUUGCUCGCCCUCUGCUUUCGAGUCGGACAGUCUCACCCCUCUAAGCUGACAGAGACGUGUACUGGGAGUGGGCUCGGGGUGUGGGGGUGGGGGGCUUGGACAUCCAGACCGGGGGCUGGACAACACGUGUUUUUCUGGUUGGGGUUCAGUGGGACAUUGGGACAUGCUUCCGAUACCAUACAGUCAAGUUCGUGGGUUUCGCACCGAAACAUUCAGAUCCUCCCCCAUAAUUCCCCAGUUGGGCACUUUGCCCGAAACGAUGUCUGCGUACCUGUGUUCCUGUGUGGCCGAAGAUGGUCAUUUUCCCUUUCCUGCCAUCUCGAGUCUCGUCAGACGGCGAGUGUGCGCGCACGAGCGUGUGCUUGUAGGUCGGUCGUGUUUUUAGACCAAGGGGCGUGCAGCUCUGCUCUUGAGGACAGCUUUCUUAAGUCCCUCUUUCUGGCCUCCUUGUCACGCUGGCCGCCAGAGCCAACUCUUGAGUUUUGACCCUUCCUACCGAUCCACCUGGGGCUGUGUGUGGGUGCCCUCCCCCGGCCUCCAACUGCUGAGGUCAGUGCCUCCGGAAGGGAACAUCCCGAACACUCCGUGUGUGAGGGCCCAGAUGGGGCGAGAGGACAUAAACACGGAGGAGGAGAGAGACCCCAGAGAGAGCAGAACGCUUCCCGACUGAAAGCUGGGAUCGGACUCGAGGCGCUGGACGGAGCGUGUGUGUGAGCUGUGGUCAUGGGGCUACUGAUACUCCAUCGCCUCUCCCCCCUUACCCCCCAAAAAAUAUCUGGGACCAAUUUUGUUAACUCGGCAUCGUUGUUUUUGGGUGGGCUUACCCCCUGUCCUUACUCUGUCCUGAGACCACGGGCGAAGCUCGUCAUUCGCGGGGAGAAGAGAAACAACCACACCAAUGAUGUUUUCGUUUGUAAUACUUGAAAUUUAUUUUUUUAUUAUUUUGAUAGCAGAUGUGCUAUUUAUUUAUUUAAUAUGUAUAAGGGAGCCUGAAAAUAGAAAGCUGUAUAGAUCGGGCUUAGUUGUUCGUUGGUUGGUUUGGGGGCCUUUUACGUGUGACUUACGACUUUCUCUGUGUUCUGUAUAUUGUCAGAAUUAAUGACCUGGGAUGAGGGGUGUGCCAGCUUUUCAAAUGGGAUGCUUUUCAGAAAUUUGUAUAUUUUGCAGUUGCCAGAACAAUAAAAUACCUGGUUGAAAUACG